GCGCAACGAGAGGUACGUUCAGUCGUACGGACCCGGUCGGUCGGUCGGUCUGAAACAGUACUCGUUGCUCUGUCAGGUCUUCGAUCGUGAUACUUUUCACUGUUAAUUGUGAAAAUCCAUCUUCGAUAACGGAUGCAAGGAUGAUUCUGUGCCAGAGUUAUUGAUUGUGCAUCGAUAUUACGCGAGGACAGGUAGUCAGAAAUGCGUUGGUUUCGUGGCCACGCCGAGGCACCGAGACUCUUGAGCCUAAGUCCUCUUCAAGUCGAUGAAGACCUUGACGGAGCAUCUUACCACUUCCAUGCAACGUCUCGGUACAGAGACAUGUCCCCGGUGCGAUGGGCUCGCCGGAAGUCGUCAAGUUCCGAGUCGGAGCGGAACUGCUACAACGUGCAGACGUCGCAAGUGACAACGGAACGGACUCCCACGAAGAAAGACAAGAAGAGAAUCCAAGAAGAAAGACGAAGGAUAUGUGAAAAGCGUAAUCCUCUCCUUGAUCGUGUGAAGAAUACAAGACUAAGCUUCUUCAAGGACCGGGAUUCCGACGAUGACGAACAGGAAGAUGAUGAAGAGGAAGAAGAAGACCCUGAGAAGAUGCAGUUUCGUUCCAUGUGUGAAUUGGAUCAGAAUGAUCUAACGAGAAACGAAUUUCGCAGGUCUGUUUGUGAAUCAGAUCUGAAGGACAUCAUCGAAGAAGAAAAGACUCAAGCUAAAAGAAAAAAACGGUCGAAAUCUCAAAGCAGAUUGCCUUAUAGGAAACACCAUGAAGAACGUUUCUCCUUCCUAAACUUCCGACCUUCAUCAGGUCAAAAAGCAGCAUUAUCAAAAGACCGCAUCAUGGAAAUGGAUACAAAUGAAUAUAAUCGUAAAUGGAGGAAGAGUAAAGAGUUCCAGGAUCACCAAACACCUAAAACACCCAUGGACCACGACCCUGAAGUGUCCACAAGUGUGGAGGACCCAGCAUUUAAAGAUGGUUCUCAGUUCGACAGCAUAACACCUUCCAGCUGUCUGGCGGCCAAGUUUAGGGCGAUGCAGGACAGGUACUUGAAGAGUUCCACCAGCAAACUCAUCGCCAAGAUCUACAAAAAGGACGUGAAGGACAGGGAGCGAAGAAGACUGAGGAGUUUUUCAUAUGGGACCUUGCCAGGCCUCGAAGAACUCAGGACGAACCCUUUGUACGAAGAGCAGGACCAGGAUGACAAUGAUUCUGGCAUCCUGGACAAUGAUUCCGCCACCAGCUCCCUGCUGGAUGACAGGUGUAGUAGUAGUGCUUCCGGGUUGUUGACUGGUCUCAACGACUCCUUGAACUCACCUCCUCAGCUACCACCUAGAAAACCUUCCUCCUCCAUCGUGGACGUGGAGAGGACAGCCAGGCUCUUCUCCAGUCUGGAUAUGUACUGCAGCAGGAACGAAGGAAGGGGCUGCAAGAGGGACGUGUCCAGGAUAAGUUCUCUGGAGGAUUCUUCGAGUCAGAUUUGCCAGGCUGCGAACAGUGAGCUGAUUGGUCGGGAAGACUCCAAGUCCCCCGACAGAAAGUCUCCUGACUCGAUGGCAUCAGAGGGUUCCCGGCUCGCUGUAGUCAGGAGCAGGUCCUACGCCACGGAAACAAUAGUGGUGAAGCUACCUAGGGGAAAUUCUGAUCAGUGUCUAGGAAUUUUUAUCGCGAAAACUGCCGAAUCGAGUCCUGGGUACCUGGUGGCCCACGUGGUUCCAAAUGGCCUGGCAGAUAAGGAGGGUACCUUGAGGAUAGGAGAUGAGAUCCUGAUAGUAAAUGGCAAAAGGCUGCGAGGACUCAGCAUGGUGGAGGCCAGGAGGAUCCUCGGAAGUGGCAGUGGGCCUGGGGACGUUGACAUAGUGGUCUCCAGAUACACUGCUAUCGAUCAAUCCCCGAAGAAGCUGACAGAGAGCAGCGUGGAUUAUGAAAACGUUCAUAUGGAAAAUGGACAUGGUACUAUUGUGGAAAAUUCACCGAGGUCACGCUUCAGGAAGCGCCAAAGUAAACAUCUUCGUGAUAAGAAGGAGUGCAAUAGGUCCAGCUCCACAGAGAAGACUUUUGUGAGCGUUGAUAAUAGUGGAUCGCAAAGUGUUUCGAAUUUCUGCACGUUACCGAGGAGGCCGAGAAGCACCGUCUCCACAUUCAUGACGGUGGUGUUCCAAAAGGGUCCUGGCCGGAAGUCCUUGGGUUUCACCAUCGUGGGGGGAAGCGAUAGUCCUAAAGGAAGCAUCGGUAUCUUUAUAAAAUCGGUAUUGCCAGGAGGGCAAGCCGCUGAAGAUGGCCGUUUGCGUGCUGGUGACGAGAUUUUGGCAGUGAAUGGCCACGUUUGCCACGACUUGACCCACAGAAAAGCUGUCCAGCUUUUCCGGAAUAUUAAGACCGGACCUGUUGCCUUGCACCUUUGUAGACGGGUUAAGAACAAGGAAUUACAGACAACGAAGGCCAAGUCGUGCGCAGACCUAUUGCUCGUUGACGCCUGAAGAAAUGUAUAAAAAAAAA